AGCUAGAGGCUCGAUGGAGGCGUCGUCGGCGUCGGCGCCGGAGGGGAACCCUCGCUCGGCGGUGGAGAAGCUCUCGGAGGCGGUGGGCCAGCGGACGAAGGCGCUGAGCAGCGCCUUGCAGGAGUCCCACCGCCAGCGCCGCCUCCUGAUGGUCAUCGUCUGCGUGGCGCUGCUGCUGGACAACAUGCUCUACAUGGUCAUCGUCCCCAUCAUCCCCGACUACAUCGCCGCCAUGGGCACCCACCCCCAGGCCGCCCAGUCCCAAAGCGGCGCCGGCAAUGGGAGCAACGCGAGCAAGCCCUUGCUGCUGCGGCCCCGCUACCCGGCCGAGAACGAGGACAUCAAGAUCGGGGUGCUCUUCGCCUCCAAAGCCAUCCUGCAGCUGCUGGUCAACCCUCUGAGCGGCACCUUCAUCGACCGCGUGGGCUACGCCAUCCCGCUCCUCAUCGGCUUGGCCGUCAUGUUCCUCUCCACGCUCAUCUUCGCCUUCGCGGAGAACUACGGCACCCUCUUCGCCGCCCGCAGCCUCCAAGGCUUGGGCUCGGCCUUCGCGGACACGUCGGGCAUCGCGCUCAUCGCCGACAAGUACCCCGAGGAGUCCGAGCGCAACCGGGCCCUGGGCAUCGCCUUGGCCUUCAUCUCCUUCGGCAGCUUGGUGGCGCCCCCUUUCGGCGGCAUCCUGUACCAGUUCGCGGGCAAGCGCAUGCCCUUCUUAGUCCUCGCGGUCAUCUCUCUCAUGGACGGGGUCCUCCUGUUGCUGACUAUCAAACCCUUCUCGGACAGAGCCCGAGAAAACAUGCCCGUGGGCACCCCGAUCCACAGGCUCAUGGUGGACCCUUACAUCGCCGUCGUCGCCGGGGCCUUGACCACUUGCAACAUCCCUUUGGCCUUUCUCGAGCCCACCAUUGCCAACUGGAUGAAAAAAACCAUGGACGCCAACGAGUGGGAGAUGGGCCUGACAUGGCUGCCGGCGUUCUUCCCACACGUGUUGGGCGUCUAUAUUACCGUCAAGCUGGCCGACAAGUAUCCGCACUUGCAGUGGUUCUAUGGCGCUUUAGGGCUCGCCAUCAUCGGCGCCAGUUCUUGCAUGGUGUCCGCCUGCCGCAGCUUCGCCCAGCUCAUGUUCCCGCUGUGUGGCAUCUGUUUCGGCAUCGCCUUAGUGGACACGGCUCUCCUGCCCACUUUGGCCUUCCUAGUCGACGUGCGCUACGUCUCGGUCUACGGCAGCGUCUACGCCAUCGCGGACAUCUCCUACUCGGUGGCCUACGCCCUGGGCCCCAUCGUAGCCGGGGAGAUCGUCCACUCCUUUGGUUUUGUGCAACUCAACUUAGGCAUGGGCCUGGCCAACGUGCUCUACGCCCCGGUGCUCCUUGUUCUCCGGAACAUUUGUCUGAUGAAGCCCUCCCACUCUGAGAGGAACAUCCUCCUGGACGAGGAGCCCAAAGGACUCUAUGACACCAUCAAAAUGGAGGAGCGUAAAAGCAAGGGCAGGAAGGCCCAGCCUGCAGCGGGGCUGGAAGGGAACAGCCUAGACUCUUGCCAGAGAGACUUCCGAGGAGUUUCAGAAGACGACUCUUCGGACUAUGACUAUACUUAGGGAUGGAAAGCAUUUCGGCCUGUUGUCUUCAUGUCCCAAUGUGCCAAUAUUCUACACUUUUGUCUUGAUGUGAUGAUGGCUUCCUCCUGACUGUUCUUCUCUCUCUUUUCCUCUUUCUCUCUAAAGGUAUAACAUGAAAAAUGCACUUCUUUAGAUGGGAGGAGGUUGAAAAAGGGGGAGUGGGCACACCCAGGCGCACCCAAUUCCUUUCUCUGAGUCUCUUGUGCCAAGAGGUUGUCUUGCAGUGUUGUAUGUGAAUUUUCGGCUGAUUCCACAACUGAAAUGUUGGACCAGUCCCGAAUCUAGCAUUCCCGGCUGUAAGGAAGCCCCCUUCUACGUUGCCAUAUAAUCCAGAUUAUCAAAGCGGAUAAUCUGGAUUGUAUAUGGCAGUGUAAAGGUAAAGGUAUAAAUCCAAAAUAGUCCAGAACCUUUAGCAGGAAAGCAGAUCCAUUAGUACAUAGAAAACUAGGUAAACAAGAGACCAAAUAGCAGGAACUCCCAGGCAAAAACGUAAAUCUUGGCAAUAGCUUGAUACAUGAAAUAUGGAACCAGCAUGGAAGAAAGACGUUGACUCGACUGAAAUAUGAGUCUCCCAUGAAUCAAUAUAAACCCUUUCCAAGAGUCGAAAUUGACAGGAGAGCAUUCUUUCUCACUCCCCCCUAGAUAAGGUAAAGGUUUCCCCUGAGGUUAAGUCCAGUCAUGUCUGACUCUGGGGGUUGGUGCUCAUCUCCAUUUCUAAGCCGAAGAGCCGGCGUUGUCCAUAGACACCUCCAAGGUCAUGUGGCCGGCAUGACUGCAUGGAGCGCCGUUACCUUCCCACCGGAGCAGUACCUAUUGAUCUACUCACAUUGGCAUGUUUUCGAACUGCUAGGUUGGCAGAAGCUGGGGCUAACAGCGGGCGCUCAUUCCGCUCCCGGGAUUUGAACCUGGGACCUUUUGGUCCGCAAGUUCAGCAGCUCAGCGCUUUAACAUACUGUACCACCAGUGGCCCCCUAUAUGGCAGUGUAGAAGGGGUCAAAAUCGGGUGAUGUCCCUUCUUGACUUUGUUUACAGCCGGUCAUGCUGCUCUUAAAUGUUGGACCAGUUCUGAAUCUUGCAUUUCCGAUUGUAAGGAUUGGGGAAGUCCCUUUCUAUACUCUUCUUCUCGCUCUCUCUUUCUCUCUCUUCCUUUCUCUCUCUCUCUAAAGGUAUAAAGGUAAAGGUUUCCCCUGAGGUUAAGUCCAGUCAUGUCUGACUCUGGGGGUUGGUGCUCAUCUCCAUUUCUAAGCCGAAGAGCCGGCGGUGUCCGUAGACACCCGGCAGGCAUGACUGCAUGGAGCGCCCUUAAAGGACCCUCAUCAAAUAAAAGAUGCACUUCUUUAGACAGGAGGAGGUUGAAAGAAGGGAAGGAGGCACACCCAGAUGCACCCAAUUCCCUUCUCUGAGUCUCUUGUGCCGAAGGAUUGUCUUGCAGUGUUGUCUGUGACUUUUCAACUGGUUCCACAACAUAAAUAUUGGACCAGUUCUGAAUCUAGCAUUCCCAGCUGUAAGGAAGGCCCCUUCUACACUGUUUUUCUGUCUCUCUUUCUUCAUAUUUCUCUCUAAAGGUAUAAAGGAUCCUCUUAAAAUGAAAAUGCACUUAUUUAGAUGAAGGAAGUUGAAAAAGGAGUGGGCACACCCACACACCCAAUUCCUUCUUCGAUUCUCUUGUGCCAAGGGAUUGUCUUGCAGUGUUGUGUGUGACUUUUCGGCUGGUUCCACAACAUAAAUGUUGGACCAGUUCUGAAUCUAGCAUUCCCGACUGUAAGGAAAACCCCUUCUACACUGCCAUGUAAUCCGGAUCAUCAAAGGGGAUAAUCUGGAAUUGCAUAUGGCAAAGUAAAAGGGGACGAAAUAAGGUGAAGUUCCUGCUUGAUUUUGUUUACAGCCAGUCAUGCUGCUCUUGGAAGAUGUUGACAAAUGCAUUGAGUUUUCUUCCCUGUGCUUUGUUAUAGUAUCCUGGAGAACUAAACCUGCGAAUGGGAUCCAUUAGAAAAAAAAUGUAGUUCCAGGUUUAGGCUGGAUCUACACUACCAUAUAAUCCAGUUCAAAGCAGAUAAUCAGGAUUUUUAUGGCAGUGUAAACCCCUUCUACAUUGUCAUAUAAAAUCCAGGUUAUCUGUUUGAACUGGAUUAUAUGGCAGUGUAAACUCAUAUAGUCCAGUUCAAAGCAGAGAAUGUGGAUUAUCUGUUUUGAUAAUCAGAAUUAUAUGGCAGUGUAGAAGGGGCCAUAGAUAGGGUCUUAGUCAUGCUCCCAGCAAGUUCUAUGACCUCAGUUGAACUUAAUGACCAGCCUAAUGCAGUCAUAAUGCCGGCCACAUGACCUUGGAGGUGUCUACGGACAACGCCGGCUCUUCGGCUUAGAAACGGAGAUGGGCACCAACCUCCAGAGUCAGACAUGACUGGACUUAACGUCAGGGGAAAACUUUGUCUUUACCUAAGGCUGGAUCUAUGUCUGCCCUAUAUCCCAGAAAAUGAUCCCAGAUUGUCUGUUUAUCCCAGAUUAUCUAGCAGUGUAGACUCAUAUUAUCCAGUUCGCAGCAGAUAAUCUCAGAUCAGAUCCUAGGAUAAGGAAGUGUAAACCCAGCUUAACUGAAGCUAUGAGUUUCAGCAUGUUUACCUGAAGCAUGACUAAGUCUGGAUCCCAUCCAGUGUGUGUCAGAGCCAUGAAAGGAAGCUCUCUCUCUGGAACUUAGAUCUGUGAUUUACAUUUCCUCAGAAAUAUAAAUCUUCAGCAGGUAGUGCAGUUUAUGAAUCAGCCUGUUGUGUCUGAAUCUCCUUCUCUGUGUCUUUUUUAAAGCCAGAACCAAAACACUGUCCUAUGUUUGAAAGCAAAAGAGGGGAGGGAAGUUGCAAAAAAAAAAAAAAAAAGCCAAAUCCAGGGACUUCAUACAUAUUGUAGAUGCAUAGAUAGCAACCUCCCCUGGAAACUUUUCCAUCCGUUCAUGCCAGGAACCGAGGGCACAUCAUAUGAUUUCUCCUCCAAGGUUCAAAAAAAAAAAAGGAAGAAAGGAAGUAUGAAAAGUAAUCUGUAAUCAUUUUUUUAUAAACUCUUCUGUCGUGCUGCUAUUCUGGUCAUUGCAAUAUACCGUGCCAUGUUUAAGUCUGACCUUGCUACACCGGUGUGAGACUGAAUAAAUGACAUGUGGGGGAA